CUGAACUAGUGGUAUAUAGCGAAGUCAGUUAAUUAGCAGGACAGAUCACCCCAUGACUUACCAUUGACGCAUAUUUUUGUCGCUGUGUACAGUAGAGCAGAAAUUGGAAAAUAUUUUACUGUCUCCUGAUUGAAUUUUCAUUAAAAUAUACUCCAGGUCUAUCAUCAUUAUCUUAAAGCUUUUGCGUGAUCAAGAUUAUUUUAUCCAAGAUGGCGUCAGGUGUGGCAGUGAAGACGAAACGGAAAGGAAAAGACAAUGUGACAGCAUACAGUGAGCUGGCCAUGCGCGGAAAUGCUUUUGUCUUGGAGUACUGUAGGACCUCCAUGUCAGCACUGUCUGGGGCAGCAGCAGGUAUCCUCGGACUGACGGCACUUUAUGGCUUCGCAUUUUACUUUGUCACAUCUAUCAUCUUAUCUGUUAUGCUGUAUCUCAAGGCAGGAUCUGCAUGGCACAAAUACUUCGUGAACAGACGGGGCCUGUUUAUAAAUGGACUUCUGGGAGGACUUUUUACAUAUAUCCUGGUUUGGACGUUUCUAUAUGGGAUGGUUCAUGUUUAUUAAGAAGGUUUAUCAUCAGCAACACAGGAUUUCUGACAUGCCAAAACAAACAUCCACAAAUCACCUACAGGUCUACAGUCAAUAUUGUCAAGAAAUUGUCUUCCUUUCUUACACAAGAAAGAAGACAAAAAUGGAAGCGAUGGUUAACUGUUUGAGUGACCAUUGGCAUCUGAAAUAAAAGGCCUGUAUCAAGUCAACAAUGGAAGGACAAGUUUAUCAUUAAUGACAAGAGGAUAGUUUAACCAUUCUACAGAAUUCAUUUGAAGGAUUUCCUGAGUGCACUAGUCAGAUUUAUUGUAUGAAUGAGUGGUUUCUUUAUUUCUCUUUAAUCCUAGAUGGGCAUUAUAUUAAAGCUCAAAACAAAAAUCUGUGGUGUUUGGCCAGCAUCUGUGGCUGAAGUCAUUUCUAGUAGAGUUGUAGUUCGACGGUUCUAUGAAGAGUUAUCGACUUCCCAAAGUUUUACCUUACUAUUGGGUUUUCACAGUAUAAUUGAUAAUAAUGGUGAAACUCUCAAACAAUAUGCCUUCUAGAUUUUUGGUUUAUGCCUUUCGCUUAUCAAUUUACAGUGUUUAACACUAUUGAUUAUUAUAGCAUACUCUGUAGGAAUUACAUGUUUUUGUUGUAUACACUCAGUGUAACUACCUACAUUGUAUGUAGUAUUACCCGGAUACCUGUUCCUGUCAUAAAUAGUUUAUACAUUUAAAUUAUAUUUCUUUUUUGGGACAUUGCAGCACAGUGGGACCUACAAAUAAACCAUGUUGUUCAGUUCCACGGUCAGAUGGCAGAUAAUGUUAAAAUCAUUUAGAUGGUAUUUUAUCAUAUUUUGAGUGCAAUAUAGAAUGAUGUAUGGUUGUUAUAUACCGUAUGUGUGUGUGAUGAAGGACGAUUGACUGAUUAAAAUACAAUCACUUUACACUGGUAACUCAGCAUAUAAUGAUAAUCUGUGUUCUUAUAUCAGAUUAGUAUUGUUUUAAUUGUCGAGUGAACAUUCCAAUCAGGGUUUAGAUGAGAGAUGGGAGAUGUGAGAUCAGAGACUUAUAAAUUUCCAAGUCUGUGUAAUAUCGAUAUAAUGUACAUGUACUACUAAUACACAAACAGACCAUUAGGUAAGGAAUUCGCGCCAAGUCCCUGUGUGUGUUGGAUUCAUCUCGUAUCUCCUCAGUUUGACAUUGUGUAUUGCCUGUACGAGAGAUCUUUAUUUAUCCUGAAACGUUCUUGUUGUGGUAUAAAAAUCUAUCAUUCUUGAUUAUGAAUCAUGUUAGCAAAGGCCGUUUAUUGACAGUGCUGAAUUUAUUUAACAUAGGAACAUCUGAUAAUGUUUAUUACCGGUAAGCACGAUGUUUCUGUUUGUGAAAAAUUAAGCAAGAUAUUUCAUUCAAUGAUAAACAGUAGAAUAAUUUUUUCUGACGAUUUCAUAAGAAUAAUUUUUUCUAACGAUUUCAUAUAUCAACAUUUAUUGGGUGUUGUUGAUCUCUAUGACAUGUUUAUAUUGCCUUGAUGAAUUUUCCCAAAUUAUUACAUUUAAAGUUUCAAGAGGACAUUAUAGUCUGCGAGAACCAGAAAUUGUGUACAUAGCAUGUAUCAUAAAUAAACAGAUAUGUCUGGUAUCAUAAAUAAACAGAUAUGUCUGGUUCAA